CAGGAAAAAGAUUUAUUCCGAAAGUUUAUUGUGUCUCGUUCCAUCUGUAGAACGUCUCAGUUGGAAGGAAACAUUGCAGAGUUUGUGUGCAGCAGAAGCCGUUUAACCACAGCCUCCGCUGCCGAAAACAUGAACUGAUAAACGGGGUCGAAGCUGCCGAUUCUGCUGAGAUGUAUUUCACUACUAUUCUGAAACGAAAGUAAACAACAUUAACCUGAAGAAACGGGUUUUGUGCAGGUGUUCGUCUUCUGUCCGUGAACCUCCGGCGCCGUCAUGGCCAUCGCCCACGUGGCCACAGAGUAUGUGUUCAGCGACUUCCUGCUGAAGGACCCGAACCAGGCCCGGUACCGCAGCGUCCGGACCGAGCUCGCCGUUGACAAGAUGGUGACGUGCGUGGCGGUCGGCCUCCCCCUCCUCCUCAUCUCCCUGGCCUUCGCUCAGGAGGUUUCAGUCGGGACUCAGAUCAGCUGCUUUGCUCCGUCAAACUUCUCGUGGCGACAGGCCGCCUACGUGGACUCGUACUGUUGGGCGUCCGUGCACACGCACACGCUACCUCUGUGGCUACACAAGUUCUUCCCGUACAUCCUGCUGCUGGUGGCCGUCCUCAUGUACACCCCCGCCUUGUUCUGGAGGUUUUCGGCCGCUCCGCUGCUUCAGUCUGACCUGGCAUUCAUCAUGGAGGAGUUGGACCGAUGCUACAACCGCGCCGUCACUCUGGCCAAGAGGAUGUACACGUCUGGAGUCGUCAACGCCGACAUUGACCCGACCGAGGGCUGCUUCAACUACCCUCUGGUGGAGAAGUUCCUGAUGACGAAGCGCUGCUCACGGACGCUGCUUCUCCACUACCUGGUGUGUCGCGGCCUGACGUUGGUCACACUGGCGUGCGCCUGCGUCUACCUGGGAUACUACCUCCGCCUGGCGCCCGUCACAGACAACUUCAACUGCACGCUACGGGUCGGCCUCCUGAAGUCCGACCCCAGCGUCCCCGACAUGGUCCAGUGUAAACUCAUCGCCGUCGGAGUCUUCUCUCUGCUCAGCCUCGUUAACCUGGUGGUCUUUACGGCUCUGGUCCCCGUGGUGAUCUAUGCCAGCCUCCGUCCCCUCUUCUGCCAGGGAUACGCCCACUUCCUGGAAAUCUACCAAUCACUGCCCACCGUGAGCGUCCUGCCCAACCCCGGCGGCCAAUGGGACGACCUGUCCCUGUACCUGCUGUUCCUGGAGGAGAACAUCAGUGAACUCAAGUCCUACAAGUACAUGAAGGUGCUGGAGAUGCUUCGGAAACGAGGGGAAUGCGCCGGAGAAAACUUCGACCCCAUCGACCUGCUGCAGACUCUGUGUCUGGUCAAAAUGGACAACGUGGACGGAAACAACGCCGCGGGGAAAAACAGCUGUGGUGUGGAAUCAGAGACCGACACCCACCACAACACAGGGGUGGAGCUUAAAGAAAUGACGCCGCUGAUCCACGGGAAAGGUGACGGGACAAGCGGGGCCGAGACUGGCAAGGACGGGGCUGUGCGGCAGAGGGUCAUGUGAUCAUGUGGUCAGUUCUGGACCUGAACCGCCAGGGCGAACUGGGUCCACGACCACUGUUGGUCUUCUGUCUUCGACGUGUUGAUGCCGUCCUUUAAAAGAACAGAUUUAAGGACUUUAAUUAAACAAACCAGGGCUAAAACACAGACUCCAGAUCUGUUCAAUAAUGGCAUGGGUUCAGAACUCGACUUUAAAAUACCUGGAUCCACUGUCCAACUGUGUCAGAUGUGUUUACGUGUUCAGGACGGUACUGACGUCACACGUCUCAUACGUUUUCUUUAAAAAAAAAAAAAAAAAAAAAAAAGAAUCAAAGUUUGAUGCAGUAGCAGAAAUCCAAAGCUGCUUAAAAAGUGGGAUAUUUUCAGUAAAAACCUGCCAGAUCUCUUAUUUUAUAUCAUUAAUCAUAAAAGCAGUAACUGAGAUGUUAAAUAAUGAGUUUUUUUGCACCAGAGCUUGGCCAUAUCCAUAAUCAUAAUGAUUUAUUCAUUUAUAGGUUGAUUUUUUUGUCCUGACUGAACACUGAACAAAUUUAAUUAGAGAGUUAUUUGUGGUUUUAACUCUUUAACAUGACAAACACUUCAUUUUGUAAAUCUUGAGAUGAUGUAAAAGACAUAAUAGGAUGGAAAUGACACACAAAGAUGAAUAAAUUGUUUGUUCAAAACUGAAAUGCGGUUAAAAUUUCAGUUAAAUAGAAACACAUUGAAUCAUGUGGAAGUGUUUCAGCUGAAAACGUGAACAAAAUGAACUCCAAAGAGAAAAAAAAAACGUGCAUUGCAGUAGAAAUAUGUCAUUAUAAUUAUUAUUUUAUCGUCCAGCUUUUUUUCCCGCCGUUACAAACAAACUGACGACGUACGGGUAGGACGUGUUUGUCUUGAAUCUGAUGUAUUUAUUUGCACUGUGUCUGUGGGUGAAUGUACUUUUAUAUGAGAUGGUCUUAACAUUUCACGCUGAAGCUGUAAACUGGUGCAUGUUUCUAUCACUGGUGUGUCGGUUUAGUCACUGGAACUGCCAUGAAUCCAACUCCGUUAUCAUAACUGGAACAAAUGAGUGUUGUUUUUUUUUGUGUGUGUAUUUCAUCCUGGGUUUGAUGUUUUUAUAGUAAACAUGUCAUUUACAGGAAAAAGGCUCAUGUUGCGUCUGCUUUUGGUUUAAUUCUAUGGUCUAAACCUGGAAAACUCAGGGUAAAAACAUGUUAAUAAUAAUAAAAGUGUAUCAGUGUUUUUGUUGGGGGGUUUUUCAUUCCACUGCCUGUUGAUGUGGAUGAAGCUUUGUGGUACAGUUUUGUGUACAGUUUUGUGUACAGUUUUGUGUACAGUUUUGUGGAGGUUUGGGAGCAUGUGAUGCUGGCUUUGUUUUGAACUGAAACAUGAUGUGACCAUUUGUUGAUAUUUUGCAGUUUUCUGAUAAUAAACCAGUGGGUGGGACUUUGA